AGGAGGGAAAAACGAUCCAAUGUGAUCCCCUUUUUAGGUCCAUUUGUCCGCUUCGAGUUUGUGGAUUCCAUUCCAUUCCGUUUCACUUUUAUUUUUUAUUUUUUUAUUUUUAUUUUGUUAAAGUUUCAGCUGUUGUUUUCUUUCAUAAAACCUCAACAGAAAGCACAAACAAACAAUUUAUUUCAUUCUCAUCUUCCCUUUCUUUUUUCCAAUUGGUAGUGCAAGUCAAGUCCAUUUCAGUCCCUGCAACACUACCACAACUCUGGGUAUUAUCCCCCCCACAUUUUGCAUCUGUCCAGUCUAAUCUUUCCUAUUCGCAAAAUUUUCAGCGUCUCCGUUCCCGCAAAUCUUCACAUGCUCAUGGAUCUGACUGUCCAGUAACCUAAAUAAUAGGAACUCCCGGAGAACACCAAAAUCGUAUCUUAUAUUUAAUUUCCAGGGAAAAAUGUCAUCAGCGGAAAAACCCAGUUCCAAAGGGCAAGCGUGGUUCUGCACAACGGGAUUGCCGAGUGACAUUGUGGUGGAAGUUGAUGACAUGACAUUCCAUCUCCACAAGUUUCCUCUCAUGUCCAAAAGCCGAAAGCUCCACCACCUUAUAACGCAGCAAGAGGCAGCGACUCAUUCCUCUGCCCCACAGCAGCCGCAGCAGCAGCAGCAAGAAACCGAAGACGAAGACGAAAUCGUUGAAGACCAGUGUCACGUGACGUUCUCGGGCUUCCCCGGCGGCUCUGAGGCCUUCGAGAUGGCCGCCAAAUUCUGUUACGGCGUCAAGAUCGACCUCUCCCCGUCCAAUGUGGCAGCGCUCCGGUGUGCCGGCGAGUUUCUCGAAAUGACAGAAGAUUACUCCGAAGACAACCUCGUUUCCAAGACGGAGAGGUUCCUCUCGCAGCACGUGCUCAAGAGCCUCAAGGACUCCGUCAAAACCCUAAAAUCUUGUGACUCCUUGAUGCCUAUGGCGGAAACGCUUGGAAUCACGCAGAGGUGUGUUGAUUCUGUGGUUUCCAGAGCUUCGUCCGCGGAUCCUGCAUUGUUCGGAUGGCCGGUGAGUGACGCUACUACUGCUUCCAAACAGGUCCUCUGGAAUGGAAUUGACGGUGCAGGAAGAAGAAAGGCCGGCGCCGGUCACGGCGAUUCUUGGUUUGAAGAUCUGGCGCUUCUGCGUUUGCCUCUGUUCAAGAGAUUGAUUCUUGCGAUGAAAACUGCGGAGCUGAGUCCUGAGAUUAUUGAAACCUGCGUGAUGUAUUAUGCUAAGAAGUACAUUCCUGGUGUUUCAAGAUCGAAUCGGAAGCCGUUGCCGUUACCUUCGUCGUCGUCGUCCGUUGCUACAGAAACGGAGCAGAAGGAGCUUCUGGAGACGCUGGUUUCGAAUCUUCCGCUUCAGAAGAGUUCGAAGGCCGCAACAGCGACGAGGUUUUUUUUCGGAUUGUUACGAACGGCGAAUAUACUGAGCGCUUCGGAAGCCUGCAGAGACGCGUUGGAAAAGAAGAUAGGAUUGCAGCUCGAAGAAGCCACGCUCGACGACCUUCUCGUGCCGAGUUACUCCUACCUGAACGAAACGCUUUACGACGUCGAGUGCGUGGAGAGGAUUUUGAGUUAUUUUCUGGAAAGUUUAGAGGCAAGAAACGCCGCAUCGAACGAAGACCCCGCAGCGAGGUCGCCGGCGCUGAUGCUCGUUGGAAAACUCAUCGACGGGUACCUAUCGGAGAUAGCUUCCGACGCGAAUCUCAAGCCGGAGAAGUUCUACAAUUUCGCCAUCUCGCUUCCCGACGAGGCAAGACUCUUCCACGACGGUCUCUACAGAGCCGUCGAUGUGUAUCUGAAGGCACAUCCGUGGGUCUCGGAAGAGGAGAGAGAGAACAUUUGCGGAUUGUUGGACUGUCAGAAGUUGACGCUGGAGGCGUGCACUCACGCGGCGCAAAACGAGAGGCUUCCGCUGCGCGCGGUUGUUCAGGUGCUGUUCUUCGAGCAGCUUCAGCUUCGACACGCCAUCGCCGGAACGCUGAUGGCUGCGGAGGCGGCUGCCGAGCCUGGGCGGCAAUCGGCGGUGCUGGAACGGGAAGCAGAGGAAGGCGAAGAAGGGUUAGGGUUAGAGCACGUGCAGGAAGGGAACGGCACGUGGCGCGUCGCGGUUAGGGAGAAUCAGGUGCUGCGCUUGGACAUGGAUAGCAUGAGGACGCGGGUUCAUCAACUGGAACGCGAGUGUUCCUCGAUGAAGAGAGUAAUCGCCAAGUUUGAUAAGUCCGGCGGAAGCGACGGCCGUGGCGGCGGUUGGAGGGCGUCGCUGGGGCGGAAGUUUGGUUGCAAGUUUAAAACUCAAGUUUGUGAUUCGCAUGAGUCAACGGCUGUCGAUACCCGCAAAGGGCGCCACCAGCAGCAGCAGCAGCCGCAGCAGCAGCCGCAGCAGCAUCCCCAUCAUGAAUAGUCACCAUGUUACACUUCCUCCUCUCACGUGAGAAUCAUUGUUGGAGUAAAUGUCAUACGGGUCCCCACUUGUAACUCUUCAUUUUUUUUUUCUUUAAUUUUCCAUAAAUUUAAUUUUAAUUGAUCAAUAUAUAGUUUUACUUUCUAAAAUUUGAGAUGAAGUUUUAUAUCGAUAUAAUUCUAUUAAUUGAAACUUAAAAUAAUGUUGGUUGAUAUGCUUUAUAAAUUAAUUUGAGUUGAUAAGAUGUUUGUUUUUGCCAUGGAGUUACAGUGCACCAAUUAUUGGGUUUAAAUUGUUGGAGGAGAUAAAGUUUUGAGGUGAUGGCGAUGUGGGGAGAAACACAAGACAUUCAUAAUAGGGUAUGAAUGAUAGUGGGUGGCAUGGUGGAGACAGCAAAUAGGUAAUGGAAAAUUCUUCGAAGUUUGUGUGAUUAUUAUUGUUGGUUGCAGUACUGAAUCACACUCAUAAUUGCUUCUAAUAAAAGGCGGGGUUAUGCUAAAGUGCUUUUCCCAAACUGAAAGUACUAAUGAUCAUGAUCCGCAGAAACAGCUACAAAGGCUUCUCCACUUUCUGGGUUUCACGCUGGACUCAUAAUUGUCUUUGCUUCCAUUUCUCCUUCGUUUGGGUUCCUUAAUUCUAUACCCAUCAUUAUUACGCAACGAAGUUUUUAGUCGCAAAUUUUGACCUUUCAUCUUUUGUUAUUCUUGUUGUUGACUUCAAUAUUGAAUUGGAAAAUAA